AUGUUUCAUUAUUUGGGACCGAGGGACCCAGGGACCCAAGGACCCAGGGACCCAGGGACCCAGGGACCCAGGGACCCAGGGACCCAGGGACCCAGAGACCCAGGGACCCAGGGACCCAGGGACCCAAGGACCCAGGGACCCAGGGACCCAGGACCCAGGGACCCAGGACCCAGGACCCAGAUUUUUUCAUCCACAAAAUACUCAAAUAGAAUACAAGAUCUCACAAUCAGAAAACUUUCUCAUACAAACAAUGAGUCAUUUGAGGAUCCAAACAAUUAUUUGAGGAUUCACAACAUUAAUUCGUCAUUUUCAAAGCCUGGAAAAACAAAAACCUUUGAUGACUCAUUUUCAAAAAUAGUAUAUAAACUGAGAUGGCAGACAUUUGUUCAUUUUAUUCUCUUUUUUUUUGGUCACCUUCUGAAUCCUAUUAAUUUUUAUAAGAACAAGGAAAGCCUUCAGUAG